UCAAAUGAAGAAGGCAUAAAGAAGAUAAGGCCACUGUGAAUUUGUUUUCAGAGCCGCAACAAUGGCUUUGCCUCAUUCCACGAUUGUUUCACAUAGCACUACUCUUCCUAUGUGUAGAUCUUCAAAGCUUCGUCUUCUCAGCUCAACCUUCGCUUCUUUGCCGUUUUAUUUCAAUAAAAACGUCAGGAGAUUAGAUUCUUCUUAUCUUCCACCGUCAGCUUCAGCAGCAGCUUCAUCGUACUUUCCAAUCGACGUUGAGUAUCUCCGGCGAGAGUUCUCCGGCCAUGGAGCCACUUUCGAGGAUAUCGGUGAGACAUGUAUUGCUAAAUUGAAACUGGACAAUGGAAGUUCGGCCAAUGUGAUGCUGACACGUGGUAUGGUAACAUCGUACAAAGUCAAGGUCUGGCACGGAGGCAAAGUGGAGCUUCUCCACACAUGGGUGGAACAAGAAGGAGAAGAAGAAGAAGUUGUGAUACGAGGAGGUGUUUCAUCUGCAUUUAGCUCAUCAUCAGUUUCUGAUGACGACAUUAAUGAAUGGAGCCUCCAUGGGAUCACUGGAGAUUCAAAGGAUUGCGUUCAGGUGGAACUGAGAAGAAAUGACAAGAAGAUCAGCGAAGAGACUGAGAUGAAACAGAUUGUAACUCUGAGAGGAGACACACUGAGCAUUGAGCUUUGUGUGACAAACAAAGGAAUCACACCAAUCAGGCUUGAAGGUUGUUCACUUGUGAGUUAUUUGACAGUGAGCACACCUGAAGCUACAUAUGCAGUUGGUUUGGAAGGUUCAGAUUUUGUGGAAACGGCGCCGUUUCUUCCUCGUUUCGGGGUGGUUCAAGGCGAGGAGGCAGAGGAUAAAGCAGGGUUGAGUGGGGAAGAAGAGAACAAUUACAAACAGUUGAAUGAAGAGAUGAGUAGAAUAUACACUUGUGCUCCAAGGAGCUUCACUGUUAUUGACAGGGGAAGAAGGAACUCAGUCGUAGUGGGAAGAGAAGGAUUUGAAGAAGUGUAUCUGUACAGCCCUGGUUCUAAACUUGAAAGUUACACAAAAUCUGCUUAUGUUUGUAUUGGACCAUCUUCAUUGCUAAACCCAAUCUCUUUGGAUCCUGGUUGUGUUUGGAGAGGACUUGGCAUCUUCAUGUCAGUACAAGUAUAUAUUGGCAUCAACAUCGUAUUUAGCCCAAACAAUGCAAGUGAGAAACGAAGGAAAUAA